AUAAACAAAUCCAUUCCCUUCCAUUUUUCUAUUCUUACUUAAUAGUGUUUCAAACCAUCCAUUUGAUCAAUUCCACAAUUAUUGAGCCUUAAAUAAUUCAACAAGAGUGAAGCUACUAUUUCAACUCUACUUGCCCUUUAAUUUGCCCCUUUGAUCAAAAUAUAAAAUUAAAAAAAAAGGAACUUUAGACCAAAGUUGUGUUAUUUAUACCCAAAGUUUUUGUGGGUCGUCAUAGUUUUCUGUUGGGGUGUUUCAUAUCUGUGGUUUGUGGACAUCUGUUGAGGUUUCUUUUAAGAGUUUCAAUGGCUGCUGCUUCAGUUGCUGGUGUUGUUGGUGGAAAAGGGUUAUCAUCUUCUUCAUGGAUGAAACAAUUCAAAGGAAGCAAAGGUAAGAAGAUGAACAAGUUUAGGAUUUCAUGUUCUUCUUCUUCUGUAGCAGAUCCUUAUAAGACCUUAAGGAUUCAACCUGAUGCAUCUGAAUCUGAAGUUAGAAAGGCUUUCAGACAACUUGCUUUGAAGUAUCACCCAGAUGUAUGCAGAGGGAACAAUUGUGGGGUGCAGUUUCAUCAAAUCAAUGAGGCUUAUGAUAUUGUGAUGGCUAAUUUGAGAGGAGAAUCAAAUGAGACAGAAGUGUACAAUGUUUAUUAUGAAGAUAAGGGCAUUGAUGAGCCUCUUAGGGGAAUGAACGAUCCAGAUUGGGACAUGUGGGAGGAAUGGAUGGGUUGGGAAGGUGCAGGAAUCCGUGAUUACUCUUCUCACAUUAAUCCUUAUAUUUAAAAAUAAUAAUAAUUUAUGUAAAUUAUUAUUAAUUUUAAUUCUAGUCUUUGAAUUUAUCAUCAAUUGCUAUGUUAAUGUUAUGUAAUUAAUAAGUAAUAGCUAAAGUGCGCCGUAGAGCCACUUCAACUUGUACCUACCAACAAUUGUUGGUGUUCAAUGUACAUAGUCCAAUUUCAAUGUCUCUUCAAAAUUAAUUAAAUUUGAGAGAGAAUUAUUGGUUUUUUUUUAAUA